AAAGAAAGAAAGAAAGAAAGAAAGAAAAAUGAGUCAUGUCCCUUUAAAAGUUAAGCAGAACUCCGUCCAUGCUGAAGGUUGUGACGUUGUUUAGGCUACCUGUCUGCAGGUGUGUGCGGGUGUUGUUAUUGCGGGGAGGUUGAUGCUACUUUGGGAGUUUUACAAUUUGUACAGAGUUCAGAAUCUGGAUUAUACAAGCGAAAUAGGUAGAAUUUUAUAGUUUAGAAAUCUCCUGGACCCAUUUUUAUCAGCGUUUUUGCGAGACUGAUUUGCAUAAAUCGCUGAAAGGGCUGACACAACAUACGGGAAUUUCUGGAAGAGCAGCCUUUCUGUCAAACUACAGUAUCAAAAAGUGUCAAUCGGUGUGAGAUGCGAUGGGAAAAGCUUCGACAUGACGGAGAAUCGUGUUUGAUGAGCUCAUCAUCCGAUGUUAUGUGCCUAUGAUUGGAUUGAAGAAAUAGCGUGACUUUUCAGAGAGGAUGGCAUUAAAGAGAUCAUCUUCCAUGAAGACCCAGCUGGUCAAUGGUAUCCAGCUUCAGGAAUUGGAGCUGGAGGAAGAGAUCAACACCAGUAGCAGCAAUAACACACCUUCUCAACCUGCCGAAGCCAAAGCCCACACAGAACCGAAAUGCUACACCGUUGAGGAAGCUGUGGAGAGCAUCGGCUUUGGACGCUUCCAUGUUCUGCUUUUUGUCAUCAUGGGUAGUGCCAAUAUAGUGGAGGCAAUGGAGAUCAUGUUGUUAGCUGUGGUUUCUCCUGAGAUCCGCUGUGAAUGGCGUCUAGAGGAUUGGCAGGUGGCCCUUGUCUCCACGAUGGUGUUCAUGGGUUUUAUGGUAUUUGGAGUCCUCUGUGGCUAUGUUGCCGACAAAUAUGGACGCUGGAAGGUGGUUUUUGGUGGCUUUAUAUGGGCAUCAUAUUUUUCUCUGCUCACUUCAUUCUCUCCAUCGUACGGCUGGUUCAUCUUCCUGCGCUGUAUGGUGGGCUGCGGUGUUGCAGCCACAUCUCAAGGGUUUAUUUUAAAGACCGAAUUCAUCCCGGCUAAACACAGAGCAAUCCUGCUGCCUCUUGCCUCAAUCUUCUGGAUGCUGGGAUCUAUGCUUAUUAUCGUUCUCGGUAUGACGGUGGUGCCCACGAUGGGCUGGCGUUGGAUGAUCCGUUUUUCCAUCAUUCCCAGCAUUAUACUCAUUGGCCUCUUCUUGUAUAUUCCCGAGUCUGCACGGUUCCAGGUCUCAGCAGGUAACAUAAAAGGAGCAUUGUCUACACUUGAUUGGAUCGCCAGGAUGAAUGGCGCCUCCUUACCGGAAGGAGAACUACGGGAACCUGAAGUGACAGAAAGAGGAAAUGCAAUGACUCUGAUCAGCCCGACUUAUAGAAGAACAUCUCUUCUGUUGUGGUACUCAUGGUUUGUGGCUUCCUUCAUCUAUUACGGCUCCGUCCUGAGCAGCUCUGAGUUACUGGAGAAGAACCUUCUGUGUGUGACAGAUGCCGACUCAGAGCACCAGAUUAAACACAACCACGAGGAGGCGCUGUGUUACUGCAUCCCCUUCAACAUGGCUGAUUACCAGACCCUCCUCAUCAGCUGUUUGGGCGAGGUGGCACUCAUCCCGCUCAAUAUCGGCUUGUUAAAUGUAUUCGGACGGAAGGCCAGCAUGGCCAUACUGCUGGUGUUGUGUGCUGUCUUUUUCAUGCUUGUUAAUAUUUGCACAACAAUGUUUGGUUUCACUGUACUGCUCUUCCUUCUGCGCUCCAUGGUUUCCAUGAAUUUUAAUGUGGUCUAUAUUUACACAGCAGAGGUUUAUCCCACAUCUGUGCGCUCAAUCGGAAUGGGCUUUUGCACAUCCUUCAGUCGAAUUGGGGGAAUGAUCGCACCUUUCAUUGCACAGGUGUUGAUGUCUAGGUCUGUGAUUUUGGCCCUGUCACCGUUCGCCACAGCGUGUGUUAUUUGUGCGAUAGGAGUGGUCUUUAUGCCCAUUGAGACCAGAGGACGGGCAUUACUGCAACAUGGCUGAAAUAGCCUACACCUCAAUGGAGAAGAAGGACAUUUGCACUUUUGUUACAAAACAUGUUACAUAAAACAGUUUUAUAAUUAA